AUGGGAUCAGUAUGCUAUAGUAUAUCAAAGGGAUUCUUCCUUCAAGAAGUGGAACAGUCCGGCAAGUUCCGGCAACACCAGCCUCAAAACCACCUCAAAGACCGGAAUCUUCUCAGCGGCUCGCUGACCCUCAUCAUCGAGUACCUCAGGCAGCUCUGUAUUGCUGUAUUGUGGACUUUGCAAUGCAGAACGCGAGCAUCUGAUGUGACGGAGAUCUCGAAGAGCCUGAUCCACCAAGCUCUGACGUUGGACUUUGUCUCACACACCGACGUGACGUUCUCGUUCGAGCUUCGCCGAUAUCUCGAUGCCAGCAGCGACGACGACUAUGUCACCCUCUUGAGCGACUUACCGUCACAUUUCAAUCUUGUCUACAUCACCGUCCAAGUCGAAGCACUGCUCCCGAGCAGCGUGUUGAUUCCAACGAUAUCUUGA